AUGCCCCCUAGACUACCCACACGUGCAUUUGCAGCUCUUCCCGCCACGUCGUCUUCUCACCCGAGCUCUUCCGCUCACCCCCCUCCACGUUCUUCACCCGACUUCCACUCUCGCUCCUUCCGAUCUUGGACAACAUGCAGCGGAGCAUCAUCACACACUCACUAUUCAUCAUUAUCUCCUCAGAUACAAUCACAGCGUCGUACCUUCCAUUGGACCCCUCCUCAGAGAGCUUCCGCUGGUGAUCUAUAUGCAACUCUCGGGGUAGGGAAAACCGCCAGCUCUAGCGAGAUCAAGAAAGCCUACUACUCGCUGGCGAAAAAAUGGCAUCCUGAUUCUAGCAAAGAAGCCGGGGCCAAAGAACGUUUCCAUGAGAUCCAGAACGCCUAUGAUAUCCUUUCGGAUGACAAGAAACGUCGAGCAUACGAUCAAUAUGGUUCCGCUGCCACCCAAGAAGGGUUCGAUCCCGAUGCCUUUGCUCGAGGUGGGGCUGGUGGAUUCGGAGGUUUCCAAGGGUUCGGCGGUCCCGGAGGUCAAGCAGGAAACGUUGGUGAUAUAUUCGAAUCGAUUUUCGGUGCAUUUGGCGGCUCCUCUCGUGGACAAUCUUCAAGAGUCAUGCGAGGAGAUGAUCUUCAAGCUUCAAUCACUCUUUCUUUCCUUGAGGCGUGUAAUGGAGCCACCCGUAAAGUCACCGUAACCCCCGUCGUCGACUGUAAAACGUGUCAUGGGUCCGGUUUGAAAGCCGGACAGAAAAAAACCCAAUGUUCGUCUUGUCAUGGAACGGGACAACGUACGUUCUCAAUGCAAGGAAUGGUCAUGGCUUCCACUUGUCCUUCUUGUGGCGGUGAAGGGACUACCAUUCCGAAAGGUGCAAGCUGUGGAGACUGUGGUGGGAUGGGUAGGAUCAAAGAACGUAAGGAUGUGGAUGUGGAUAUACCUGCUGGUAUUGACGAUGGAAUGCAAAUGCGCAUACCCGGUGCUGGUGAUACACCUCUGUCCGGUUCUGGUCCUCCUGGCGAUCUUCUCGUACGUGUCAAUAUCAAACCAUCUGCGGUUUUCAGACGACAAGGAACGAAUUUGUAUCAUGAUGCAAAGGUCCCAUUACAUGUUGCGGUAUUAGGGGGGAAAGUACGGAUACCUACGUUGGAAGGCGAUGUGGAGGUCAGAGUGAGGGAAGGUACCCAAAGUGGUGAGGAAGCCGUUCUGAGAGGAAGAGGUAUCAGAAAUAUAAUGAGAUCCGGGGCCGGAUCGGACAGAGGUGAUUUAGUAGUCUGUUGGAGAAUCCAGGUGCCCAGAUCGUUGUCCCCUUUUCAGAAGAAGUUGUGGCAAGCGUACGCCGAUGAUGAAGAGGGGAAACCAACAAAUGUAUCAUUCGACACCCCGAUUCAAGUACCACCACCAUCGGAUGAUCCUUCUAGUGGUAGGUACACCCCUCCUACUCCCCCACCUCCUGCGGUUGAGCCUGAAACGUCGCAAGAACGUGGGGACGAAAAUAGCGUGACGGGAUCGGUGGCUUCGGCCGUGGGAGGAGCAGUGGGGUGGUUGGAGAAAUGGUUGGGAAGAGGGAAAGAAGGGCGGUGA